AUGGAGUCGACUAAAGCCGGUGUAAUCACCUACAUCAGCUCAUCCAGCUUCAGCCCAGAGUCCUGCCACAGCGACUCGUCCAAUGGCAGCGACCAGUCGUCCUCUCCUCUCCACGGCUCGUCCCCAAAGCGAGGCCCCGGGGCCCUGCCUGCUCUGAAGGGACGAGGGCCCUCCACUGCCAAGUGUGGCAUCACCAAGCUGAACGGACUGGUGCUGCCCUGCAAGGUGUGCGGGGACGUGGCAUCGGGUUUCCAUUACGGAGUGCACGCCUGCGAAGGAUGCAAGGGCUUCUUUCGCCGGAGCAUCCAGCAGAACAUCCAGUACAAGAAGUGCCUGUUGAACGGCAGCUGUCCCAUCAUGAGGAUCAGCCGCAACCGCUGCCAGCAGUGCCGCUUCAAGAAGUGCCUGCUGGUGGGCAUGUCCCGGGACGCGGUGCGAUUCGGGCGCAUCCCCAAGCGGGAGAAGCAGCGCAUGCUCCUGGAGAUGCAGAGCGCCAUGAACAACAUGAUGAACAGUGAGCUGCAGGGCCCCAAAGCUCCGCCCACCAACACGGACGCUACCUCAGACACGCCCUCCUCUUCCCCCCGCAGCCAAUCAGACUCCAGCGUCUCCAUGGACACCAGCUCUGGCUCCCCCAGCGCGUCGGACAGCGGCGAGGAGGAAGUGAUCGGCUCGGUGACGCGCGCUCACCAAGACACCUUCAUGUAUAACCAGGAGGCUCCGCCCACCGACAACUGCCCGACCAAUCACAGCACAGAGCAUUGGAACCAUCGCAACAACCUGGUUACCAUGGAAACACAACCAAACCAGGAACCCAGUGCCUGCCCCUUCUCAGCUGCCCAAAGCAGCACCUGCCUGGCCCCCGAGGGCCCCGAGCACAGCACAUACGGGCGCCCGGUGUGGAGGGGGGGCACCCGCAUGCACCUGGUGUGUCCCAUGAACCUGUCCCCUCACGUGGACCCCAACAAGUCCGGCCCCUCGGUGUGGGAGGAGUUCUCUCACAGCUUCACCCCCGCAGUGCGGGAGGUGGUGGAGUUUGCCAAAAAGAUCCCCGGCUUCAGAGACCUGUCCCAGCACGACCAGGUCAGCCUGCUGAAGGCUGGCACCUUCGAGGUGCUGGUGGUGCGCUUCGCCUCUCUGUUUGACGUGGCAGAGCGCACGGUGACCUUCCUGGGGGGUAAGAAGUACAGUGUGGACUGUCUGAGGGCCAUGGGGGCCGGGGACCUGCUCAACUCUAUGUUCGACUUCAGUGAGAAACUCAUGAACCUCGGUCUGAGCGACGAGGAGAUGAGCCUGUUCACCGCCGUGGUGCUGGUGUCUGCUGACCGCUCUGGCAUCGAGAACGUGAACUCGGUGGAAGCGCUGCAGGAGACACUGAUCCGUGCCCUCCGCAGCCUCAUCACCAAGAAGCACCCCAACGAGGCGGCCAUCUUCACCAAGCUGCUUCUCAAGCUGCCGGACCUGCGCUCGCUCAACAACAUGCACUCUGAGCAACUGCUGGCCUUCAAGGUUAAUGGGAACCUUCUUCAGUUGCCGCCACAUGUUUGA